GGGUGCAAACACACUAGUGAGGGAUGCCAGCGGCUUUGCUCCGGUUUGGAAAGUAAAAACAAUGUCGUAGAGUAGUCAUCUUCACGUGAACAUGUCAUUCGCCUUGUUUAACCAAAGCCGCAUAUUCUAUGUUUUAUGAAAUCUGUCGUUUUGUCUAGUUGUGGCUGAAUCCACACCACACCCACACUCAUUUUAUUCGCCACUUACCAUCAUCUACUACAGCUAGCUUCUGGAUGCUACACUCCCUGGCUGCAUAAACCUCAGAGGCAACCAAGACAACUUGAAUAGGUUUGAAAUUCAGCAGCAUGGCCCUGGCGGACACAGAGAAUGGGAGUAACGGUGGAGGAGGUGACUCCGAGGCCAUAGCCAUAGCCAGCGUGUUGGGGGGCUUCAGUGAGAGCGCCGAGAUAAGAGCUCUGAUCGCCAGCCUGCCGGAGGUCCACGGGGACCUGGUGACCCGGGAGUCUGCCACACAGAGGUUCCUGGUUAUAAUGAACAGAUAUCAGGAGCAGCCUCAUCUGCUGGAUCCACAUCUAGAAUGGAUGCUGAACAUGAUCCUCGACUUAGUAAGGAAUGAGAAGUCUCCACCUUUGCUGGUUCAUCUGGGCUUCAAGUUUCUCUACAUCAUCUCAAAGGUGAGAGGCUAUAAAGCCUUCAUGCAGCUUUUUCCUCAUGAGGUGGCUGAUGUCCAGCCAGUGUUGGACCUGCUGUCCAGGCAGGAUCCCAAAGACACUGAGAUUUGGGAAACCCGUUACAUGCUGCUGCUGUGGCUCUCUAUGACCUGCCUCAUACCCUUCGACCUUUCACGUCUGGACGGGCAUCUGGAGUCAGAUGGGGGCCAGGCCAGAGAGCCCAUCAUGGACCGCAUCCUCAGUAUUGCUAAGUCUUAUUUAACUGUCAGUGACAGCUCCAGGGAUGCUGCAUCUGUAUUGGUGUCCAAAUUUAUGACACGCCCUGAUGUGAAACAGAAGCGCCUGGGAGACUUCUUGGACUGGAGCCUCACCACCAUAUCCCAUAGCAAUGACCAGUCCGUGGCAGACAUAGUAGUGCUGGAUGGUGCUCUGCAGUCUCUGGCACAGCUUUUCAAACAUGGAAAACGAGAAGACUUAUUACAGUAUGCUCCUACAGUUCUGCAGUGUCUGGAACAGAAGCGUAUAUCAGAGAGCAGCCAGGCCAUGCUGAGGAAGCUGGGUGUCAAACUGAUCCAGAGGCUCGGCCUCACCUUCUUGAAGCCACGUUUGGCCAAGUGGAGGUACCAAAGAGGAAGCCGCUCUCUAGCAGCCAACCUUGCUGCGUCCCAGCCUGCUGUAACCGUUGCAGCUGUGACUCCUGAAGUGGAGAUGCAGGAGCAGGAGGAAGACUAUGACAUUCCUGAGGAAGUGGAGAACAUUAUUGAGCAUCUGCUGGUGGGACUGAAAGACAAGGAAACAAUUGUGCGCUGGUCUGCAGCCAAGGGCAUUGGGAGAGUGACUGGGAGGCUUCCCAAGGAGCUGGCAGAUGAGGUGGUUGGAUCAGUGCUGGAUUGCUUCAGCUUCCAGGAAACAGACAACACUUGGCAUGGUGGCUGCCUGGCGCUGGCAGAACUGGGCAGGAGAGGCUUGCUGCUGCCUUCCAGACUGCCAGAUGUUGUGCCACUCAUUCUGAAGUCCCUGAUCUAUGAGGAGAAAAGAGGUGCAUGCAGUGUGGGCUCGAACGUGCGUGAUGCUGCCUGCUACAUUUGCUGGUCCUUUGCCAGGGCCUAUGAACCUGCAGAGCUCAAGCCGUUUGUCACUCAGAUUGCCAGUGCCUUGCUGAUCACAGCUGUGUUCGAUCGAAACGUCAACUGCCGAAGAGCUGCGUCAGCUGCUUUCCAGGAGAAUGUUGGCAGACAGGGCACUUUUCCUCAUGGUAUUGACAUCCUGACCGCAGCAGACUACUUUGCGGUUGGGAAUCUGAACAACUGUUAUCUGACAAUUAGUGUCUACAUUGCUAGUUUCCCAGAGUACACCAAUGCCAUGAUAGACCAUUUGGUAUCCAUGAAGAUCAACCACUGGGAUGGGGUAAUCCGAGAACUUGCCACCAAAGCACUUCACAACCUGACGCCUCAAGCGCCUGAUUAUAUGGCAGCCACGGUUUUGCCCCAGCUGUUGCCCAUGGCGGUGGGUAUCGACCUCCACGGUCGCCAUGGAGCCAUCCUGGCAUGUGCAGAGAUCACACAUGCCCUGUCCAAGCUGGGCACUCAGAGCAACAGGCCCCUGGUGGACCUGAUCUCCUCAGAAUGUGUGGAUGGCUUAAAAAACCUUCACCAGCUGCUACUUGACAGAAAGCAGUACAGGGGUUUUGGUGGAGAGCUGAUGAGGCCAGCAAUGUGCUCUCUGAUUGAAAAGAUGUCUCUAUCUAAAAUGCCUUUCAAGGACGACCCUGUGAUUACUGGCUGGCAGUGGCUAAUAGAUGACACUCUGAAAAGUCUGCAUCUUAUGUCUACUGGAGUGAGGGAUGACAUCAAGGAUGCAGCGGUGUCAGCCUUGGCUGCCUUGUGUGAGGAAUACUACCAGACCCAACCAGGCCACGCCAACUCUCAAAUGCAGGACAUCUUAAUAUCCCAGUACGUUGCGGGGUUGAAGAGUCCAGAGAUGCUGACUCGUUGUGGAUCUGCUCUCGCUCUGGGCUGUCUGCCAAGAUUUCUGAUCCACGAGAAGCUGCAGCAGAUCCUGGAGGGCCUUCAGCAGGCACGCAGUGUCACCCAAAAAGAGGAGAGUUUUGCGGAGGCCAGGAGAGAUGCAGUCAAAGCCCUGGCUCAAGUGUGUGUGAAGGCGGGUGCUUGCUCCAGCGGGUCACCAGACUCGGUCCUGUGCUCGGAGAAUGUAACCGAGGUGUUCGGCGCCCUGCUCGACAGCAUGAACGACUAUACCACAGACAGCAGAGGGGAUGUUGGGGCCUGGGUUAGAGAAGCAGCAAUGAGCAGUCUGAUGGAUGUGACUCUGCUGGUGGUCAGCAGCGCUCCAGAGCUCCUUUCCCCAGACCUGGUGAAGCGUAUGAUGUGCUGCCUGGCCCAGCAGGCGGCCGAGAAGAUCGACCGCUACAGAGCCCACGCCGGCAGCGUCUUGCUGUGUCUCCUCCACAGCACCGAGCCUGCAGUGCCUCAUAUCCCCCACCGACAGGAGCUGCUCAGCAUUUUUCCUGUCGAGGCGACAGCAAGUCUGAACUGGAAUGCUCCGUCCCAAGCCUUCCCCUAUAUAACUCAGCUGUUGAGACUUCCUCAGUACCAGUACCACACCCUGCUGGGCCUCACUGUGUCUGUGGGAGGGAUCACCGAGUCCACAGUGCAUUUUUCUUCCCAGUCACUGUUUGGCUACCUGAAAGGCAUCCAGCAGAACAGCGCCGCUCUUGGACAGUUUGGAGAUACACUGCUGAGCAUCCUCAAAGAUAAUCUCCAUAAUGACAGGGUGUCUGUUCCUUUCCUGAAGAUGCUGGAUCAGUUGCUCGCUAACAGCUGCUUUGAAAUCUUCACCACACAAGAGAAUCACCAGUUCUGUGUGGACCUGUUGGCUCUGUGCAAAGAGGUGAAGAAGUCGAAGGACAUAACCAAGCUACGCUCCUGUUCAGCUGUGUUUUGUGGGCUGAUGCAGUUUCAAGGCGAUGUGAGGAAGAAGGUUCUGUCCCAGCUCAUGAUGCUGCUCUGCCAUUCCUUCCCUGUGAUCAGGAAGACCACAGCCGGCCAGAUGUACGAGAUGCUGCUGACCUACGAUGAUGUCAUUGACCCAGAGGUGGUGGAUGAUGUCAUGACCCUGCUGAGUGAUACGAACUGGGAAAGCGAUAUCGCCACGGUACGAACCCACAGGAAUCAGCUUUGUGAUUGGCUGGGAGUCCCCAGGCCGCAGGUGGUUACCAAGAAGCCUGUCGAGUAGGUGUGCGGCUCCUGAUCGUCGGGGACUGUAAAACUCAACCGCGACUGAUCCAGCUGCAACAACAUCCUGAGAGCUACAGGAGUGGACUGUGAUCACAGCCUCUCUGAAGCUGCCCCAUAUCCCUUCGUCUGGCCUGACUGCAGUACGUGGAACACUGAAAUGUGGAUUAAUCAAAUCUUGCUCUGCCAAUUAAAAUCACACAUGUUCUGACAAUAAAUGGACAAAAACAAAAGU